AUGGCAACAGCACCGGAGAUGGAAAGUUUGCGGUCCGAAAUCGAGCGGCUGACUCGGGAGCUCGACCAGGCCAGCAGUGAAAACAUUCAAUCGGCCCAAUACGGGCUGGUGUUGCUCGAGGAGAAACAGAAUCUGCAAGCCAAAUGCGAAGAACUGGAGUCGAUGUAUGAUCACACCAAGCAUGAGCUCGACAUUACACAAGAGGCACUGCAAAAGUUCCAAAAAACCCAACAAGUGACCACAAAGUCAGGCAUCGAGCAGGAAGAUGCACUCCUCAACGAGUCGGCGGCGAUGGAAAUUUCGCUCAACCAGCAGAUUGUGGAGCUGGAAAACGAAACGAAGCAGUUACGCCACGAACUGGACCGGGUCACCAGCGAGCGGGAUCGUAUGCUGCAGGAAAAUGCCGAAAUCGGUCGCGACAAGUCCGGCACCGAGGCGGAACGGGCCCGCCUGAAAGCCGAACUGAAGGACAUGAAGUACCGAGAGGCACGCAUGUUGGCCGAUUAUUCGGAGCUCGAGGAAGAAAAUAUUUCCCUCCAGAAGCAAGUGUCCAACUUGCGCAGUUCGCAGGUGGAAUUUGAAGGAGCGAAGCAUGAAAUCCGAAGGCUUUCGGAAGAAAUUGAGUUACUGAACUCACAGGUGGAAGAGCUUGCUAGUCUUAAGAAAAUUGCCGAGAAGCAGAUGGAAGACGCCUUGACUGCAUUGCAAGUUGAGCGAGAAAAUAAAUACGCUUUGAAGAAGGAGCUCGAUACACAUAUCAAUCGUGAAUCAAUGUACAAUAUCAGUAAUCUGGCAUAUAGUAUACGUGGCAUGGAAGAAAGCGCCCUCAACAGCAGUGACUGUGAAGAAGAAAUUCCCGCGCUACGUGACUCUACCCUUAAACGGCUCGAAGCGUCGCUGGAAGCAGAAACAGCAGACCUGAAGUCACCGGACGGAACGAAAGUGGAUCUAUUUUCCGAGAUUCAUCUGAACGAGUUGAAGAAGCUGGAGAAACAGCUCGAAACGAUGGAGAACGAAAAGCUCUGCUUGACUGCCAACCUGCGCGAUGCACAGCAAAACCUCGACAAGAGCCAGAACGAUCUGCAGAAUUUCAUGGCCAAACUGAUGCUGAUGGCAGCCCACGUCGAUGCCCUCCACAAUCUCAAGAAGCAGAUUCAGAUCGAGGAAAACAUUACCGCUGUGCCCAACAACAAAGACAAGGAGAUGAACGAAAAGCUAAACGAGGCGAUCAUGAAGUACUCGAGUUGGUUCACGUUGAGUUCGAAGGAAAUCGAUACUCUACGGACCGAUCUGGCCGAGUUGCAGAAAGGGCUUAAUUGUUCCGAUGCGAUGGCCGUGUUGCGUAACGAAGUUACGAACCUGAAGAACAAGCUACUAUCGGUGGAACACAAAUCUCUCGACCUACACAGCGACAUCCAGGUACUAACAGCCCUUUCACAGACAGCUGGUCAAAGUUUGAGCACGACGCGCAGCAAUUUGGUUGCACUAAGUGAUGAUCUUGCUCAGCUUUACCAUCUGGUUUGCACAGUUAAUGGUGAAACCCCCAAUCGUGUGCUGCUCGAUCACAAGAACGAUGAUCUUAGCUUCGAGAACGAUUCAUUGACGGCAAUUCAGUCGCAGCUCAAGUCCGACAUUCUCACCUCGAAACCACACGUGUUCGAGGAUCUGCAGGCGCUGAGCGAUGCGGUCGAAAUCCGCAAGUACGUCGACACAGUAAGCGACCAAAUCCGGUACCUUAAGACGGCGGUCGAACACACGAUCGAGCUGAACAAGGACAAGGUGGUGACUGAUUCGUCCGUCGUGUCCUCCGGCGAUGCCAAGGAGGCAAAGGAAGAGAUCGCCGAUCUGCAUGAACAAAUCAUCAAGCUACGCAGCCUGCUGUCGACGAAGCGGGAACAGAUUGCCACUCUGCGCACGGUGCUCAAGUCGAACAAGAAUACCGCCGAGGUGGCUCUGACCAACCUGAAGUCCAAGUACGAGAACGAGAAGCUCGUGGUCAGCGACACAAUGUCGAAGCUGCGAAACGAGCUGCGAAUCCUGAAGGAGGAUGCCGCCACAUUCUCGAGUCUGCGAGCGAUGUUUGCCGCACGCUGUGAGGAGUACGUUACGCAGGUAGAUGAACUCACCCACCAGCUGUCGGCCGCCGAGGAAGAGAAAAAGACUCUCAACCAACUGCUGCGGUUGGCAGUGCAACAGAAGCUUGGAUUAACACAGAAGCUCGAAGAACUCGAGAUGGACCGUGAAAUGCGCCACGUACGCCGACCGGCCGUAUCGCAGCGCGGUGGUGGAGGCGGAGGUGGCACCGGCGGGGGUAAGUCGGCCUUUUCACGCGGUCAACCGACCCGCAAUAGCCUGCAAAACCCGAACAACAGCAACAAUCCGAAUCAGGCGUUCUUCUAACAUAAGGUGAGCGUGCAGCGCAAAGUUCUGGCUUUCCUCUAUACGCUCUUGAAGCUGUAAACGGGAGCACAGGCAGUGAACCGCGACCGUGGACGAAUCUGUUGAACUAAACUGACAAAAAAUCUUGCUACGCUCGGUAUCCAUCAUGUCACCAGUUUAUCGUCGAUCUCACGUUGUUGUGUGACGCUGUUGGUUUAACGUACUCAACUGUACCAAGUACUGUUACCGACCAACAAUGAGGCGAUCUUUGUGUGCUUCUAACAUGGGACAUUUCCUGUAUACAAUAGCGGUGACAAAUGAUCACUACAAACAAGAGGUCAUUAGAUCAAAAGAAUUGAGCACACAAACAUAGGCAAAGAGGUUGCUGAACUCGAUUAAAAUGGUUAGAACGAUGAAAAGAAGCGAAGAGAGGAAAAAACAAUACAAAUAUUGCAUAAAAUGUAUGUAUCCAUCCAUGAACGAAACGAACGAGGUAGAGUAGAUGCAAUAUACAACUCGUUAUAAAACGUACUGAGCAGCAGCGUCCGAUGCAGCAUAUAAUACCCCGGGUGUAUACACGAUAUACGCAGAGGACGCCAUUAUGGUUGAUAUAUUUAUUUGCACCGACUAAAGUCUGUGCCGAUGGCAGCAUCAGCAUACGUUUCUCAUAGGAAUGCGUGCAAUGUGAACGAAUAUGCGUAUGGACUGAUUCGAGACAAGCAAAAGCAGCUUAUAAUAAGUGGUAAAUUAUUGAUUAUUAAGCACGAUUACUAAAAGGACUGUCAUCAUCAUCGGUUGUGGGUCUAAGAAGACAGUAUGGGACUAAUAAUCAACACCACCGGCAGCCCGCAGCCAGAGUAAGCAAAUUGUGCGAAAACAGGAAACCUUUCUCAAUCUAACAAUGCGACCUGCUAGCUACUGUUGUUGGUGUGGAUUCGCGUGGAGUAGUUCUUUUUAUGGAUUACUUUUCAUUUCUUCCUUUGAACAAUACCUGUGCGGGGCGAAACUUGGACCAACCUAGUACCACACUACUAACUUAUCCGUUCCUGGCGAUGCGCUGGUAAUACAGCUAUGUGAAAUGGAAAGCUUUGAAGGUGAACACUCCUCCCGAAGCACUCCAGUCUAUCAGCGCGUAAAAUGAAUGGGAAGUAAGAAAAAUAUUUAGCUAUGCACAAUUUUUGAGGCUACAUCCUUUCCGUGUCUAUGUGCGCUCUAGGGCAUAGUGCAGUGUAGUGAAGCACUCACAUUGAAGCUGGUAAAGCUGGUAGCAAAACAAUAUUCCUGCAAACUACUUUAUCAUCUGUAGUAUCGCAAAAGCCGAUCCAUGAUCAGGUGGCUGGCUGGCUGGCUAGCCAACAUUAUUUAGCACUAACAUAGAAACUAGCAUAUGCACUAUGUAGCUGAUUUUGGGUGUUACAAAACAGUCUAGCCGCUAAAAGAGAGGAAGGUUUGCUGCGAUUAUUUACUCGUCCUUAAACUUAGUUCAGUCAAUCAGUCCCGUUUAGUCUUCCUUUAGUUGUUAGAGAAAUACAAGGUCAUUAAAUCGAUAACGGAAAACGAUAGCAAUUGCACUGGUACGUACCAUUCAACCUACCCCGAUAGAGACGAUUGUAACGAUACUGCAACGUAAUACUUAUCUGUCCAAAUGUAGUCCAAUUAAGGAUGUAUAUAAGUUGUGUCCUUUUCGGUUAGGGCUAUGCUCCUAUGGCCUAUGGCCUUAAAAAAAAGAAACUCUAAUGUCCACGGAUACGUGCAUCCGACUACCGUCAAAUACGUUGUACUUUAUUGUAAAACUUUCGUACAAGCAUGAGCCCGUGGCAAUAGUUUGCCCACCAUACCCUCUCGGAACAUUAAACAAAUCAUCUAAUCGUCCAAAAUUACCUAGUAAAAAGUGUUACAUACGUUAUCCGGUCCGUUUCGGCAGUGUUUUUGGAGCAAACAAACAAUCUGAAGGAAAGAAAGUGACGCAAAAGAUUAAACAUCACUUCAAGUGGAACACCGGAACAGCGUUCUUUUCGUAGUCCAUCUAGGCGUAAUCUAACGUAGAUCCCUAGAACCAGUAACGAAGAGGAUCGCAUCACAAGAACCGGCAGACAGGCCCAUGCCACUCUACGUCCGGCAUGCGUCCCUGUAAAUUUCUCGUGAAAACAGGAGGAAGUAGAUGAAACUAAAUUUAAAAAUACAUUAUGAAAAUCUACCGAGCCAUAUAUUUAUUGUAAAAAAGCAACAAAACAAAGAUAAUAGAGGAAAAGCACUUCGAGAACAGGAAUAUAAAGCUAAUAAUUAUUAUAUUAAUAGCAAUGUUUAAGCAAAAUAUUUGGAACAACCCAAACGACAAUGCAGGAAUGAACCAUUUUUGAGCCGAUGUAAACUGCAAUCGGGAACUCACCUUAGAAUGCAGGAGAAACAAAAUAAAACAUGAAAAAUGAAACAAUUCGUAGAGAGUAACGAAUAACUUGCUAGGCAAGUACCGGUAUGAGGUACGAUCGAAAUAACAAUAUUAACUCUAAUAUUAUUAAUAAUUAAUCACCGUCCCUUUUUUGAAACGAAGAAAUUUAAGAGAUGACUCUAACGAGUGUAACUAUUAACUAUACGAACGAAAGCAUGCGGUCGUCAAAACUUGUUUUGUACUUACACGGUUCGAAGAGAGUGGUGAAUGAAUCGCCAACGGAUAGUGGUGCAAUUUUUUAAGAACGAACACAAGCUAGGGCGACAGCAAGGAAACGAACGUAUCUAUUGGUCUUCCCGUGCCUGCGUGUUUGCAUGUUAUUGGAAUUGGUUUUCUCAGAAUACUUUCCAAAGAAUUCGAUUCAUAUCAAAUGCGUUUCGACGUUCGCAUAAAUUGUUUUCUUUUGUUGCCUUUACGUAAUUGAUUAUCUAUUGUUCUUGCUUGUCUAAUGUUUUCAUUCAGGUGGUUUUGUGGCAAAGAAACAUUGUUUUUGUUGAGUUUGCGAAUGUAUGGUCCCAUUCGAUACGUAGUAUGUUAGCUAUCGCUCAUCGCCGAUUAUCGAAUGAAGUUAAUCUAACCUAAAUUUGAUGUCGAGAAACUCCUCCACAGCACUGAACGAUUCAACCAGAAAUAGGCAUAGCGUGAACCUUUUUCCUCCAACGUUUCAUACCCAUUAGUGAUCAACAGUUAGAAGCACAAAAUUAAUGAGACACAGCAAGACUUCAAUAGCCAAGCGUAGUGUUCCGAAACUCGUAGAUUCCCUAGGAACAGAGUGAUUGAACUAUUGACAUUAUUCCUUCCUUCGCUCCGUUCCGUGUUCCGAACUCAAGAAUAAUGAUCACUCAAGGCGAGGCGUGUACUCACUCGCGUUUAGUAGACGUAGGAUAUCAGACAUUAAGUAAUGGAUAGUGUGCAUUAAUAGGCAGCGUAGUGAGUGUAGCAAAGCAAAUGGGGUUUAAACAUCAACUACCAUUCAAACAAUCUUAUUCCCUCCUAGCGUAGCGUAGUUUAUACAUAUUUAUCGUUCGCAUUACUCCUGUCAAGAGUGUACCCCCUUCGGAGCGCAUCAUUGGACCCAGCAGCUAGGCAGCCGAUAGGAACUACGAUCGAGCCGACGAAAACAAACUGAUGAAGUUUAGGUGGCAAAUGUUUCGGUGCAAAUGGAAACACUAGAAUCAUGAAACAUUUAUGUCCAACUUUUGAGUGUUUUGCAAUGUUUGAAUGUUCAUUUGUUUUCGUUGGGAAGCUAGAAACCAUAAAA